AUGGCUACCGCAGUCUCUCGAGCCCUUAUACCGAAGGUGCGGCAUUGCCUUCCGUGUAGAGCACCCCUCCUCAGAGGCGCCUACUCAACGUCUCGACCCAAUCGGAGUUGGACGGUCCCCCAGGGUGCUGGAGAUGUUGCAAGGGACCAAGUCGCUCAGCUGGCUGCUAGUCCUCGUCGGCCUCUGACACUAGCAGACCUACUCAGACACGGGCGCCCCCCGUUGUCCGAAGAUGCCCUCCUGGCCUCGGCCAAUUUCACACUGUCAUUACUCCCCGCACGACUCGCGUCCCGAAUCCAGGCCCUACGAAAUCUGCCCUUUAUCGUUGUCUCCAACCCACAUGUCUCGAAAAUUUAUCACAACUACCUCCAUUCCCUUUCCACCCUGCUCCCAUAUCAAGAACGGCGAAUCACUACGUUGGAGGAAGAGAACCAAUUUGGCGAUGUGCUUGCGGAUCUUGUGCAAACACAUACCAAUACUAUCCCGGUACUUGCACGGGGCUUUUUGGAAUGUCAGAAAUAUGUCAGUCCGUCGGAUGUGACACGUUUCCUGGAUACCCAUUUGCGCGCGCGGAUUGGCACCCGUUUGAUCGCCGAGCAACAUCUUGCUCUUCACUUUGCGUCGCAGCCCGUUGGCGGAGAGUCUGACGCUGCGGAGUCACCGUCGACUAAAAGCCCGAUCCCCUCCAAUUAUAUUGGAGUCAUUGAUACAGCGCUGCAGCCAGCACGGAUAAUCCGCUUGUGCGAGGAUUUUGUAGGGGAGAUCUGCGAACUCAAAUACGGCGUACGUCCGCAUCUGGAGAUUGGAGGGGAACCGGACGCCUCGUUUGCUCAUAUUCCAGUGCACGUGGAGUAUAUCAUUACCGAAUUAUUGAAGAACGCAUUUCGAGCAACCAUCGAAUCAGGUAAUGAGCGCGAGCCUAUUGAAGUGACUAUCGCCGCUGCUCCUGAUGUACCGGGGCGGGAGCUCCCCGUUCGGGGCGAUGCCGACGCCGGCUUCCAGCUCGAUGUGAGCGAGGACCUUCUUUAUCCCAACGAAUCGAUCGGAUACUCGAAUCCGUCACAACAGAGCAUUACAAUUCGUAUACGUGAUCGGGGAGGUGGUAUCCCGCCGGAAAUCUUGCCUCACAUCUGGUCCUACAGCUUCACCACCUUUUCAGAUAUGGACUUUAGCUCAGAGAAUGGUAAUUUGGAUGCGCUUAAUACUAUCUCUGGUAGCGGCGGUCACUUGAGCAGUAUUGCCGGUCUUGGAUACGGACUACCGCUAAGUCGAGCAUAUGCGGAGUACUUUGGUGGAAGCAUCGCGGUACAGAGUCUUUGGGGGUGGGGUACUGAUGUUUACUUGACCUUGCAAGGCGUUGGAAGAAUUGACUGA